AGGUUGCCCCAAAUCCGGCACUUCAGACCGCCCCUGCCAUUCCAUCGAAUGGGAAGCUCAGUCUGCCGCACACGGUGGAUCUUGCUCUGUCUCAGCGGGGUUCAACAGUCGGAGUGGCGCAUAUGGCGCGGUGCUGCGGGGCAUUCCUGGGCUGGAACUGGGCUGUGGUUGCUCGGGAUCUGUAUCGGGCGGGAUCUGGGCUCCUGCGCUGUUGUCGUGCCUCGUGUUGUUGUGUUGGGCUUCAAAAGGAUCCCGCCUGCUCUUGAGGACAUGUUUUUGCCUUUUUUCUUCUCUUGAUAAACUCUGCAUCUGACCAACGCAACGCCAAUUACAGACAAUAGUGUUUUGCAGCGCUUUUGCAUUGUUCAAUUGCUGUUAUCACUCCCUUGCAAGUACUCAUAAUGGAGAAGGUCAUGCAAGCCCUGAACCUGGGGGGUAAGGAUGCCCCGCAGGAACCAACACCACAAGAGCUGUCCGAGCUCAAGCAGAAGUACUCCCUCGCCGGACAGAGCCAGGUGUUUACCUUUUACGACUCCCUGUCUAGCGCGGAGAAGGCGUCACUAUUUCAGCAACUGUCGCUAUUCGAUCCCGUUUACAUCAACGAAAUCGACGCCAAAGCCCGUUCCCCUCCCAAGACCGAAGAUGGCGGGGUCGUCAAACCCUCUCUCGAGCCCCUGCCGGACUCGGCCCGCGCCAGCAUCAUGGACUCCAAGCAGGAGGACAUUGACCGCUGGUACGCGCAAGGUCUCGACCUGAUCGCUGCGAACAAGGUCGGCGUGGUUCUCAUGGCUGGUGGUCAGGGUACACGGCUAGGCAGCUCUGCGCCCAAGGGUUGCUUCGACAUCGGCCUGCCCUCCUCCAAGUCUCUAUUCCAGAUCCAGGCCGAACGCAUCCGCAAGGUCGAACAGCUUGCUGCCAAGAAGGCUGGCACUGGCGGCAACGUUACCGUCCCUUGGUACGUCAUGACCUCCGGGCCGACGCGCGGGCCUACCGAGGAUUACUUCAAGAAGCACGACUACUUCGGCCUGAAGCCCGAGAACGUCAUCAUUUUCGAGCAGGGCGUCCUCCCCUGCAUCUCGAACGAGGGCAAGAUUCUUCUCGAGAGCAAGGGCAAGGUGGCCGUGGCGCCCGACGGCAACGGCGGCAUCUAUAACGCCCUGGUUGAGUCCAAGGUGCUGGACGACAUGAAGACGAGGGGUAUUGAGCACAUCCACGCCUACUGCGUCGACAACUGCCUUGUCAAGGUCGCCGAUCCCGUCUUCAUUGGCUUUUCUGCCUCUGUGAACGUCGAUAUCGCUACCAAGGUCGUGCGCAAGCGCAACGCCACCGAGAGCGUUGGCCUUAUCGUUUGCAAGAACGGGAAGCCUGACGUCGUCGAGUACAGCGAGAUCGACCCGGAAGUUGCUGCCGAGCAGGACUCGGAGCAGCCCGGUGUGCUCAAGUUCCGCUCCGCCAACAUCGUUAACCACUAUUACUCCUUCCGCUUCCUCCAGACCAUCCCGGAGUGGGCCAAGACGCUGCCGCACCACGUCGCCCGCAAGAAGAUCCCCUAUGCCGACCUCGAGACCGGCGAGACGGUCAAGCCCACCAAGCCCAACGGCAUCAAGCUGGAGCAGUUUGUCUUUGACGUCUUCCCCAUGCUGGAGAUGAGCAAGUUCGCCUGCAUGGAGGUCCGCCGCGAGGACGAGUUCAGCCCGCUCAAGAAUGCCCGCGGCACCGGCGAGGACGACCCCGACACCAGCAAGUACGACAUCAUGGCCCAGGGCAGGCGCUGGUUGGAGGCCAAGGGCAUCGCUAUUGUCAGCGAAGACCCCAAGGCCGGGGUCGAAGUGAGCCCGCUGAUGAGCUACGGUGGCGAGGGUCUUGAGAGCGUUGCCAAGACCAUCACAGCCCCUGCCGUCUUGGAGCUGGAAUAGGGACGCCGGCGAGGUGGGCGUGUUUGGAUUAGCACUCCCUUCAUAAUCCAAGAUCCAAGAAGGGGACGAGGAUGCGUGUGAUUAAAAAAGACUCCUUUGGCAUCAUAUGGCCCGCUCCUUAGAGUCUGAACGCGAUGUAGACGUAAUGAUCCCAUUGACACAGCGACUGGUUCGGAAUCAAUUCAGGAUUACACCUUCUAAAAG